AAACCUAGCCCCAUUCCUUCUCCCGUUACCUCUUUCAAGGGCUCAAACGCCCGCCUCCACUCCGCCCUACUCUCGCCGACUCGCCCCGUCGCUUGCACCGGCUUAGCCCCGCCGCUCGUCCGCCGCGCCACACCACACGCCGACCCCGUGCAAACCCCUGCCGCCGUCGUCGGACCCUCAGGGUCAGACAGCAAUGGAGGAGGCUCGGACUAUGCAGGUUGACCUCGGGAAUCUCAUGGCCUUCGAUUCUGGUCACCACUUUCCUUCCCUACCUUCUUCGAGGGAGGAGUUGAUAGAGAAGUGUCUGGAGAAGGGGACUGAGCUUGUUCAAGCAGUCGCAGAUGCCCUUUUCAACCUACCUUCCACUGAAGAUGUGGAUGGCCCUAUUGUCAAGUUGCCGCCACCAACAACAAAAUUGCCUAGAGAAAAGCAUUUGCCAAAGCCCAAACCUCCUACAAAAUGGGAAUUGUUUGCCAAAGCAAAAGGCAUCAAGAACCGUAAAAAGGACAAGGUUGUUUAUGAUGAGCAGACUGGUACUUGGAAACGCCGCUAUGGAUAUGAUCGUGUUAAUGAUGAUCGAGAUGUACCCAUACUCGAGGCCAAGGCCACUGAUGAGGUUGGAAGUGACCCUUUUGCUGAGAGACGGGCUGAAAAGAAGAAGCGUGUCGAAAAGCAGAACAAAAACCGACUGCAGAACCUAAAACAAGUUGUAAAAGCUCAUGCUUUGCCAAGCCAUAUUCAGCUAGCAGCCACAGCAUUGCCCAUAACAGGAACCCAGGCUGCACCAAAGAAAGUGAGUAAAGAUGAACUGGGGAAUGUCGCUGGAUUAGCAGCCACCGCCACAGCCAGUGGUGGGAAGUUUGACAAGAAGCUUCCAGGAGAAAAGAAGCCAAAGCAUGAGCAAAAACAUCGCAAGUUCCUUCCAGUAGCAGAAGGAAAAGGCCAGGGUUCCAAAGAGAAGGAGCAAACGGACAGAGUUCUAAACAAGCUCCUUGCCAAGAAUUCACAUGAAAUACUCAAUGUUGAUAAGGCUGUUUCAAUGUACAAUGUGAAGAAAGAGAAGAAACGAAGUAAACAUAAGCAAGACGACUCUUCAAACUCGAGCAAGUUGAAACCACAGAAGAAGGUACAAAAAAAGCCCUUUAAGAAGGGAUCUGCUAAGAAAGGAUCUGAGAAGAAAGGGAAAUCUAAAUGAAACCAUAACUAUUUAUAGUUGUUGUAUGCUUGUAGAGUUUUUGAUUAGGUGCUACAAGUAUGUUAGGAUGGAUAUAAUUUUGCUUUGAAAAAUAGCUAUUUUCUUGUCAUAGAAAACUCGCCUGUCUUCUUUUAUCUUUUGCAUAUUAGUGCUUCUGGCACUUGUUUUCUUUUACCGUUCACGAGCUGAUUUGAUAUGCAAAACAAAUUCAGAUGGUUUUUUCC